AUGCAAUCUCCGUUGUCCUCGCAUGGGUUGAAGUACAAUCAUAAGGCUGAGACGUGUCCCCGCUAUGCCAUGGUUCAAAGGCAGCAGACAUGCCACCACCACCACCACCAGCACCUGCAUCACCCGGACACUCGGCUGUCUGACCUCGCCAUCUGUGCCGCUCUUUUCACGGUGGCGGUAACCAUCAUGUUCGCAACAGCACUGCUACUGACCCUCGUGGGCGGCGUGGCCCUGGCGACUGCGGCGCCGCUCAACUGCCCGAUCCAGGGGGCCGCGUUCCCCAAGCCGCGCGACCUGGCCUCGUCGCCGACCAUGCAGGCUGCGUUCCGCAACCUGACGGCGACGUUCGAGGCGCAGGCUGCGGGCUCCGGUGGCGCCGACACGUCCUUCUCGGUCGAGCUGUGGUCCGUGUCGGACCAAGGGGGAAAGUCGCCGUUUGAGUUCCACCACACGGCGCGGGAGCUGGCGGGCUGGCAAAACCACACGGGCGUCGAGCGGGUCGACGGCGACACGGUCUACCGCAUCGGCAGCCUUACCAAGAUCUUCACCGUCUACACGUGGCUGGUCGAGGUGGGCGACAAGGACUGGAGCACGCCCAUCACGCGGUUCGUGCCGGAGCUGGCCGAGAUUGCCAGGGACACGGCCGAGGACGUCAAGCGGGACCCGGUCAUGAGGACGAACUGGGAAGAGAUUACCGUCGGGGCGUUGGCGAGCCAGCUUGCUGGAAUAAUGCGUGACUACGCUCAAGUAGGGGAGAUGGCAACGACCUUGGAUGCCGGUACGCGCUCCGCUCUGGGCCUGCCACCGUUGCCAGCGGCCGACAUUCCGCCUUGCGGGCCGACCCGUCUGUGUGAUCGCACACAGUUUUUCCAAGGCAUGGGUAAAGUCCCUCCGCAAUAUGGGCCCAACAAGGCUACCGUCUACUCCGACACGGCCUUCCAAAUCCUUGCAUACGCGCUGGAGGAGAUCACAGGCAAGACGUAUGCCGACAUGCUCCACGACUCGGUGCUGGCUCCCCUCAAGCUGAACAGAACAUCCCUGUUCAAGCCCGACGACUCGGUCGGCAUCAUCCCAGGCAACGGCAGCAACGCAGGCGCUGCGACGGGAUGGUCGUACAGUAUCGGUGAAGCUGCUCCGACAGGCAACAUGUACGCGUCUUCAUCCGACCUCUCGCGCGCAGGGAGGGCAAUCCUCUCGUCGGCGCUCAUGACGCCGGCGCUGACGUCCCGCUGGCUCAAGCCGGCAUCGCUCACAUCGGAGCUGGUGGCGGCGGUAGGGUACCCGUGGGGCGUGCGGCGCAUCAACCUCUCGCGGCCGCCGGGCUACAAGCGCGUGACGGACGCGUACAACAAGGCCGGGCGGAUCGGCAGCUACGCGGCGCUGAUGGCGCUGCUGCCCGACUUUGAGGCCGGGUUCAGCAUCAUGGUGGCGGGCAACUCGCUCGUGGGCAACCCGACCUUCAGCUGGGCCGACACCAUGGGCGGCGUGCUGAUCCCGGCGCUGGAGCAGACGGCGCGCGAGCAGGCGGACGCGCUGUACUCGGGCCGCUACGCGGCGACGGGGCCGUCGGGUCUCAACUCGUCGCUCGAGAUAUCGACGUCGCCCGACCGGCCGGGGCUGGGCGUCCACCGCUGGGUCAGCAACGGCACCGACAUGCAGACGGCGGCGCUGCUCAUGGCGCACGGCGUCGCGCCCACCAACCCCAGCAUCCGGCUGUACCCGACCGGGCUGGAGACGACGAGGGAGGGCGGCGGCCGCAGGGUGGCGUUCAAGGCCGUCUUCGAGGACCUGACGGGCCAGGCGACCGAUCUCAUGUUCACCACCGACUGCGGAACCUGGGUCGGGGCCACCAGCGUCGUGGUGGGCGACGUGCCGCUGGACCAGUUCGUAUUCAACCUGGACGGCCGGGGCAGGGUUGAGAGCGUGGAGCCGAUGGCAUUGAGGGUGGUGCUGGACAAGGGUGCGUAG